AUGCCUUGCCCAUCGAAAUUGGACGACUUGGUUUUCUUUGUGAAUGGGAGAAAGGUAAGUGAUAGGAAUGUGGACCCAGAAGUCACUCUGCUGACCUUCCUACGAAAGAACUUACGCCUCACAGGAACCAAGUACGCCUGUGGAGGAGGAGGGUGUGGGGCCUGCACUGUGAUGGUGUCGAAGCAUGACCCUCUGUCCGCGAAGAUCAGACAUUUCUCCAUUACUGCGUUGGUGCCCAUCUGCUCUCUGUACAGGGCUGCUGUCACCACCGUGGAAGGUGUUGGAAGCAUCAACACCAGACUUCACCCAGUGCAGGAGAGGAUCGCCAAGAGCCACGGCACCCAGUGUGGGUUCUGCACCCCUGGGAUGGUGAUGUCCAUGUACACGCCGCUUAGGAACCACCCACAGCCCUCAGAGGAACAGCUCGUGGAAGCCCUGGGAGGUAAUCUGUGCCGCUGCACCGGGUAUCGGCCAAUUCUCGCGAGUGGAAGGACCUUCUGUGUGGAGUCAAAUGGCUGUCAACAGAAAGGAACAGGAAAAUGCUGCUUGGAUCCUGGAGGAAAUGAUUCUUCCUCACUCCGCAGGGAAAGUGACAUUUGCACAGAGUUAUUUGCAGAAGACGAGUUCCAGCCCUUGGACCCUACCCAGGAGCUCAUAUUUCCCCCAGAACUCUUGAGAAUGACAGAGAAGCCAGAAAAACAAACCCUGACCUUUUGUGGAGAGAGGGUUACCUGGAUCUCCCCUGGCACCCUCAAGGAUCUCCUGGAGCUGAAAGCCAAACAUCCUGAAGCCCCUCUCAUCUCAGGCAACACCUCAAUGGGACCUGCAAUGAAAUAUCAAGGACACUUUCACCCAAUUCUCCUCUCUCCUGCUAGGAUUUCUGAGCUCAGUAUGGUAUCCAAAACAAGGGAUGGACUGACAAUAGGUGCUGGCUGCAGUCUGGCCCAAGUAAAAGACAUUUUGGCUGAGCGAGUUUCCGAGCUUCCAGAGGAGAAAACUCAGACAUACCGAGCCCUCCUGAAGCACCUGAAGAGUCUGGCAUGCCAGCAGAUCCGGAAUAUGGCAUCCUUAGGGGGGCAUAUUAUAAGCUGGCACUGCUAUUCGGAUCUGAAUCCAAUUUUGGCUGUGGGCAACGCUACCCUCAAUCUGCUAUCAGAAGAAGGUACGUGCCAGAUUCCUCUAAACGAACAUUUUCUUGCCGGGUUGGCAAGUGCAGACCUUAUUAAGCCAGAGGAAAUUUUGGAAUCUGUGUACAUCCCUCACUCUCAAAAGUGGGAAUUUGUGUCAGCCUUCCGACAGGCUCAGGGCCAGCACAAUGCCUUGGCCGACGUGAGUGCUGGCAUGCGGGUCCUCCUCAAGGAAGGCACAGACACCAUUGAGGACCUGAGCGUCUCCUACGGAGGGGUUGGGGCAGCCACGGUCAGCGCACAGAAAUCCUGCCAGCAGCUUGUGGGGAGGCCCUGGAAUGAGCUGACGCUAGAGGAAGCUUGCAGGCUGCUUCUGGAAGAAGUCUCCCUCCCAGGCUGGGCUCCAGGGGGGAAAGUGGAAUUCAAGAGGACUCUGGUGGUCAGUUUCUUCUCCAAAUUCCUGGAAGUUCUGCAGGAACUGAAGAAGCUAGGAAAGCUGAUGCCUGACAGCCAUCAUUAUCCUGAAAUUUCAGACCAAUUCCUAAGUGCUCUAGAAGAUUUCCCUGUCACAGGAACCCAGGGAGUCCAAAGGUACCAGAGUGUGGAUUCUCACCAAUCCCUCCAAGACCCAGUUGGACGUCCCAUCAUGCACCUAUCAGGUCUUAAACAUGCUACGGGUGAAGCCAUAUUUUGUGAUGACAUUCCAAUGGUGGAUAGAGAACUUUUCAUGGUGUUGGUGACCAGUACCAGAGCCCAUGCAAAAAUCAUAUCAAUUGAUGGGUCUGAGGCCCUUGAACUACCUGGGGUGGUUGAAGUGAUAACAGCUGAGGACAUUCCAGGCACCAAUGGGACUGAGGAUGACAAGCUGAUGGCUGUAGAUGAGGUGCUUUGCGUGGGCCACAUCAUCUGUGCUGUGGUUGCAGAGACAGAUGUACAGGCAAAGAGUGCAAUUGAAAAGAUAAAGAUCACCUAUGAAGAUCUGGAGCCAGUAAUCUUGACCAUCAACGAUGCCAUAAAGCACAACUCAUUCCUAUGCCCUGAAAAAAAACUUGAACAAGGAAACGUUGAGGAGGCAUUUGAAAAAGCUGAUCAAAUUAUUGAAGAGGUCCAUGUUGGAGGACAGGAACAUUUUUACAUGGAAACACAAAGUGUGCUUGUUAUUCCGAAGGCAGAGGACGAAGAACUGGACAUUUAUGUGUCAACACAGGAUCAAGCCCAUGUGCAGAAAACAGUGUCCUUUACUUUAAACAUCCCCAUCAAUAGGAUCACCUGUCACGUCAAGCGGGUGGGUGGAGGUUUUGGUGGGAAAAUAGGAAGACCAGCUGUAUUUGGAGCUAUUGCAGCUGUGGGCGCUAUCAAUGGUGGGGAUAUGCAAAAUGGCUGGAUCUGGGUGAACAUCAAAUCUGAAGCCAUAAGAACGCAAGUGGGAUUCAUGAACAACGGGCGAAUCAAAGCUCUGGAUAUUGAGCGCUUCAUUAAUGGAGGAUGCAUGCUGGAUGACUCUGAGCUGGUAACAGAAUUUCUCAUAUUAAAGCUGGAAAAUGCAUAUAAAAUCCGCCACCUCAGGUUCCGGGGCCGUGCAUGCAUGACAAAUCUACCAUCUAAUACAGCCUUUCGUGGAUUUGGCUUCCCACAAGGAACCCUGAUAACAGAAUCUUGCAUCACAGCUGUGGCAGCCAAAUGUGGCCUUCUGUCAGAAAAGAUUAGGGAGAAAAACAUGUACAAAAUAGUUGAUAAAACCAUCUACAAACAAGCGUUCAGCCCUGAGACCCUGAUCAGAUGUUGGAAUGAGUGUCUGGACAAGUCUUCCUUUCACAACAGGAGAAUGCAAGUGGAAGAGUUUAACAAGAAGAAUUACUGGAAGAAGAAAGGCAUGGCAAUCAUCCCCAUGAAGUUUUCAGUCGGUUUUGCUGCAACAAGCUAUCAUCAGGCAGCUGCUCUCGUUCAUAUCUACACAGAUGGCUCUGUACUGGUCACACAUGGAGGCAACGAACUGGGACAAGGUAUUCACACCAAAAUGCUGCAGGUGGCCAGCCGUGAAUUAAAAAUACCCAUGUCUUCUAUGCACAUCUAUGAAAAAAGUAUGGCCACGGUGCCCAACACGAUUACUACCGCAGCUUCCAUUGGUUCGGAUGUCAAUGGCAGAGCCAUGCAGAACGCUUGUCAGAUCCUUCUGAAACGCCUUGAGCCCAUCAUUAAGAAAAAUCCAGAAGGUACGUGGGAAGACUGGAUAGAAGCUGCUUUUGAACAAAGAAUCAGUCUUUCGGCCACUGGAUACUUCAGCAAUAAUACCACCCCCAUCAAAUCAUCACGAGGACUUGAUGAGCUCAAAAUCAGAACAGACAUCGUCAUGGAUACAUGUUGCAGCCUAAUUCCCGCCAUUGAUAUUGGGCAGGUUGAAGUUUCCUUUAUUCAGGGAAUGGGCCUUUAUACCACUGAAGGUGUUCUGUACUCUCGAGGCCCAGACGAGUACAAAAUUCCAACCAUCACUGAUGUCCCAGAGGAAUUCAAUGGCCUGGGGGAGUCCGGGAUGUUCCUGGGCUCAUCUGUGUUCUUUGCCAUCACUGACGCGGUGGCCACAGCAUGCAGGGAAAGAGACAUAGCUGAGGACUUCACAGUGAGGAGCCCAGCAACGCCAGAAUGGGUUCGAAUGGCCUGUGUAGAUCGGUUCACAGAGAUGGUAUGGAAUUAUUGA